CGUUAGCAACAGGUUUUUUUCUUUUUGUUGUAUCUAUUGUAUAUCAAAAAUGAAGAAAACUGAGAUUAAAUGGGCUAUUUUACUCUGCAGUGACUUUACGAUGCACAUGACAGGCAUAGUUUUUUCAGUUGGUUCAUUUUGAAUUCUACCUGAAAGAUUGCAAAGACUCCUGUUUCAUGGUUGUUGUUUGAGGAUCGUGAAGGAUCAAUACCAUACAUGCGCGAUGACUGCCACAUGUUGGAUGCCCCUGCUGCUCUGGGUGUGUUUCCAUUAUGAGGUCCAGCCUGCUGCUAAACCUUUGUGGAUGUCGCCAAAGUUCCCGUGUAACGUCACAGCCAAUAAUGAGUCAGUGGUCAAGUUUGACUGCAGGGGGCGUCAUCUGCAUAAAGUGCCUUACGGAAUAACUAGGAACGUCACUGAGCUCAACUUGUCCGAAAAUGUCAUUGCAAACAUUUCAAGUCAAGCGUUUUCUAAUCUGCUGAAUCUGACCUCACUCAGUCUGAACUGGGCGAACAAGAACAGAGGUCUGCUCAUCAGUGAAAAUAUCUUCAAAAAUCUCACCAAACUGAACCAUCUGGGGCUGACUGGAAACGCUCUGAAGAAAAUUCCCAGCAAUCUCCCUCCCAGUAUAGAAAUCCUUGAGCUGAACAAUAACAAGCUUCAGUUGGACAACAUGAAUCUAUCAGGCUUAACAAACGUGACAAAACUGUGGCUCACCAAAAACUGCUACUCCUGGAAUCCUUGUCGAAGAAAUUUUACCAUUAUGAACAACACCUUUGCAGUUAUGACCAAGCUGCAGUCUCUGGGUUUGUCAUUUAAUAAUUUAACCCACGUUCCCCAUGGAUUGCCUCUGUCAUUAAUGGAAUUAGAGCUGAGUUCAAACAAAAUACAAUACAUAUCUGACAACGAUUUCAUUGGGCUGCAUAAUUUAAAAUCUCUAAAAAUUCAAGGGAACUGUCCAAGAUGUCAAAAUGCACCAUAUCCAUGUGUCGCUUGCCAAAAUCUUUCUCUUGGCAUCCAUCCUUACGCAUUUCACACUCUGACAGAGCUUGAGACACUGCACCUGGGAGGAAACUCGCUGCAGUUCCUGAAUCCCAACUGGUUUAAGAACCUGAACAAACUGAAAAAUUUGUUCCUGUCAUUUAACUUCUUGCAAAAAGCAAUUACUGGGAAUGCAACAUUUCUAAGUUACCUUCCCAAUUUAGAAAAAAUCGAUCUGUCCUUCAACUUUGCUCUCAUGUUAUACCCUACAACCAUACAUCUUUCAAAGGAUUUUGCUUAUCUCAAAUCACUUAGAACUUUGCAUAUGGAGGCUUUAGUCUUUCAGAAUAUUGGACCAGACACGCUCAGUCCUCUGUACGAACUCAAAAAUCUGUCUGCACUGAAUUUAGGGACUAACUUCAUUAUUCACUCUGAUUCUAAUGUAUUCCGCAGACUGUCGCACGUGAAAUUAAUAUACCUCGCAGAUAACAGACUGUAUCCCAUUCCGGAUAAAAGUCCCCCAUAUCUGAGUGACAAAUACAAUCAGAGGUCAGACUUUUCCAUUUCACCGAACAUAAAAUCCCAUAAAGACUUUGAUUUUGAGGAAUCACACACCUUUGUCAAGAAAGAGUGCUAUGAAUCAGGCCGAAUUUUAAUCCUCAGCUCAAAUAAUAUCUUUUUCAUUUCUCCAAAGCAAUUUGAGGGCUAUGAAAAUAUUGCAUGUCUUAACCUCUCAGGAAAUGGAUUUUCUGCAGCACUUAAUGGCACAGAGUUCUCCUCGCUACCUAAUCUGACAUACCUGGACCUAUCAUUUAACAAGAUUGACCUGGCCUAUGACAAUGCCUUCAAAGAACUGAAGAAACUUCAAGUACUCGACCUCAGUUACAACCCACAUUACUUUCAGUCAUAUGGGAUAACGCACAAUUUAAAUUUCAUAAAAAACCUGCCUGUUCUGAGAGUGCUGAAUAUGAGUCACAAUGCCAUUUCCACAUCAUCAACAAAACAACUGUACAGCCAAUCUUUGUCAGAACUUCAGUUUACAAAUAACUUUCUUGGAACUCUUUGGAAAGAAAAGGAUGUCACAUACAAGCAGCUUUUUACUCAACUCACUAAUUUGACAUAUUUAGAUAUAUCCGAAAACCAAAUUAAAAAAAUUCCAGAUGAUGUAUAUCAAUAUUUUCCCCGUAACCUCACCAAACUAUGCAUAAGCCAUAACUUACUCACUGGUUUUAAAUGGGACGCAAUGUCAUAUUUCCAUCAACUUCAAGUCUUAGACCUGAGCUUCAAUUCUUUAUCUGACGUGACGGGUAUAAACUUGAGCUUCACUCAGACUUUGACUUUCCUUGACUUGAGCCAUAACAAAAUUUUCCACCUGGACGAUGGAUUCAUAAAGGGUCCGAAGAGCCUUAGCAUUCUCAGUCUUAGCUACAACAAACUCACCACCAUCAAUCAAUCUACCUUCCAGUCCAGACCUGAAAAUCAGAUUAAGAUUUUGCACUUGCAGAAUAAUCCGUUCCAAUGUACCUGUGACUCUAUCGAUUUCAUUCUGUGGAUUGAAGCCAGUAAAGUAAAAAUCCCAAGACUGACCACUGAAGUGAAAUGUGACACGCCAGCAAACCAGAAGGAUCACAUACUGAUAUACUUUGAUAUAAAACCGUGUGUAGAUGACAGUAAGGCAUUACGGAUGUACAUCCUCACUACCUCCUUCAUUAUUGCUUUUAUGUUUGUGGCAACUACUGCUCACUUAUUUUACUGGGAUGCCUCCUAUGUGAUACACUAUAUGAAAGCUAAGCUGAAGGGGUACAGUUCCUUGAAUUCAUCAGACAGCUUUUAUGAUGUCUUUGUGACUUAUGACAACAGAGAUCCACAUGUCUCUGAGUGGGUAAUGAGCAAUCUGCGGGUGAAACUGGAAGAGGAAGGAGAGAAGCAUCUCCCUCUGUGUCUGGAGGAGAGGGACUGGGUCCCAGGAGUCCCGGUGCUGGACAACCUCACCCACAGCAUCCGAUACAGUCGCAAGACCCUGUUUGUCUUAACGGAGGGCUACGUUAAGACCGGGAUUUUCAAGCUUGCGAUGUAUCUGGCCCACCAACGACUACUGGAUGAAAAUGUGGACGUGAUUGUGCUGCUGAUGCUUGAGCCUGUCCUGCAGCACUCACAGUUCCUGCGCCUCAGGAGGAGGCUGUGCGGGAAAAGUGUUGUGGAGUGGCCGAGAACAGCGGCCGCGGAGCCCUGGUUCUGGGUAAACCUGAGGAAUGUCGUCAGGGUGGACAAUCAAGUUAUGUACAACAAGACUUAUUCAAAGUACCUAACCAGCAGAUGAAGCAGGAUAAACCUCAUGACUGUCUGGGAACAUUUUAUAAAUUCAAGAUGUGAACAAAUACCUUCUUUAGAAACCACUGCUCUACAGCAAUACUGAUUUUGGUCGUCCACAACUUAUAUCACUAUGCCUGGGACUUCAAACAAGAUAACUAAAUGCAUGAUCUAUUGAGUUUUGUUUAUACGUGUGCAAUGGUACUGAAUCUCUUGUAACUUGUGUGUAAAUAUGAAUGCAUGUGAAUAAAUUAAA